CAAAUGGAUCAGCCUCUUUCUUUUCUUCUGAUUCAGUGAUACAACAGGCGAAGCGGAAGCGAAGAAGCGACUAUCAUGACUGUGAGAGAGCGAUCAUCUUAAUCCUCCCCCCCUUUCGAACUGCACCUUCAGUCGGGAUCGUCAAACCGGAUUCAAUGGCUGCCGUUUCACGGGUCAUGAAUUCGUCCGUGAUCCUCGCUAGGGAUUUCAGCCGCAUUUCACUGAUCACCGCCGGUGGUUCUGCGCUGAUCACCACCGUGGCGAUACUCCCCUCGCGAAUGCUGAGUCUGCGACGCAGAAUGAGCCCAAACUUUCCAAUUCCAGUCCCUUUCGGUAGAGUCACAUCUGUGACAAGCACUCGGCGUCUCAGAACCGCCUCCUCGUCGCAACGUGCCAGCUGUCAGGGAUCGGAUUCUCCUCCUGCUGACGUGUACGCUACCUUGUCCUUCCUUGGUCCAGGGAGAUCCCGAGGCUUUCGGACGCAGCUACCUCCACAGCCAUCCGAUCCGUUCAAUCGCAUUCGUUACAGUCACAUUCGCUAUCCCAGCAUCGCGACCGUCGGAUCCACUGCAGCGUCUCGUCUGGACGUUAGAUGCUCUUCCAAUUCUAGUGGUAACCCCAUAAAUGCGCCAAGCAAUGACUCGGGCAAUGAUUCAUUGCCAGGCAAUGAUUCAGCAUCAGGCGAUGAUCUCGAGGGUUUGAACGAGGAGCAGAGGGCGGCGGUGGUGGCGUCUCCUGACGGGUGUGUGCGAGUGGUGGCCGGACCAGGGUCCGGCAAAACCCGUGUGCUCACCCAUCGGGUCGUCCACCUGAUAAAGAGCCUGAACGUGCAGCCUAGGAAAAUACUGUGUAUCACCUUCACCAACAGAGCAGCCAAUGAGCUCCGGACACGUCUGCAGCUCCUCCUGUCUCCUGAGGCUGCUGCAGCCGUCCACGUGGGGACGUUCCAUGGCAUCGCUGCUCGCAUACUCAGGACGGAGAUGCUCCCCUCACUGCGCAGCCGAAAGUGCCACAGAGACUACACCAUUUAUGACGAGGAUGACUCACUGCGAAUCAUCAAGGAGAUUGAUAAGAGGGAGAAGGAGAGGCUCGCCAAGCUCGGUCCGUACCAACCACCGAAAUCAGAGUCAGCAGGAACAGAAACUCCGGCCAAUCAAGAUGGACUAUACGAGGCCAUGUCACAUCUCUCUGUGGAAUCAGGGGACGCCACGUCAGCAGCACGGGCGGCGGUGGCAGAGCUUCUAGGGGAGGGAGAGGGCGGGGAAGCAGGGGAGACAAAGGAGGGGCGGCUGAAGGCUUUAAGGGAUGGCGUGAUGAAGUAUAAAGAGGGGAGGAUGCGGGAGGCUCUGAAGGGGCGAGUGGGGGAGAGGAGGAGAGGGAGGUUCGAGGAGGGCGAGGAGGAGGAGAAGGGGCUCAUGUUUUGUGUUCCAAGAUAUACUCAGAUGUAUGAGGAAGAGCUGAGACUGAGCAACGCGUUGGACUAUGACGACCUUGCGCAUUUCCUCCUGGACCUCUUCCACUCGCAGCCACACGUGCUCAAGAAGUACCAGGACCGGUUUCAGCACGUGCUGGUGGACGAAUUUCAAGACACGGAUUCUUUCCAAUAUGAGAUGGUGCGCCUGUUAACCCUCGAGUCAAGGCGGCUAUUUGUUGUUGGAGACAUUGACCAGUGCAUCUACUCGUGGCGAGGAGCCAAGUACGUCUACCUGCAACGGUUCUUAGACGAAGACUUUGAUGACGUCACCACGCUUCAGCUUCGCAGCAACUACCGCUCGUCGCACAACAUACUGCAGGCAGCCGACCAAGUGAUUCAAGGAGGGCCGAGGGACAGGCGCGUUGGGGGCGGCACGCUGCAGCUGCUGCCAACAAAGCCGCCAGGCCAUCCGGUGUUCUUCUCCUUCUUCCCGUCGUGCGGCAGCGAGGCAGCCACCGUGGCCGAGGAGAUCGAGAGCCUCGUCGAUGCUGAUGAGCUGUCGCCGUGGCGGGCGCAGGCACGGGCAAGAGGGGGGGCGAGAGGGGGGGCGAGGGGAGGGGUCAUGGGAGGGGCGAGGGGAGGAGAGGGGGGAGUGGAGGUGGGGAGAGAGGGAGCGAGCGGGGGGUAUACAUGGAGUGACUUCUGUGUGCUGUACCGCACGAACGCACAGGCGGUGCAGCUGCAGCAGGCUCUAACGGACCUCUCUAUUCCCUGCAUCGUGAUUGGGGGCAGCACACUCUUUCAAAAGAAGGUGGUGCGAGACCUUCUCGCAUAUCUGAGAGUAGUGGCCAACCCUGCUGACAGCGUUGCACUAGGAAGGAUCUACAACACGCCCUCACGAGGCCUGGGCACCAAGUCGUGGGCGGCAGUGCAGCAGUGGGCACAGAGCAUGGACACCGCCACAGGCACUGCAAUUCUGGAACUAGCAUUAAAUAAGCAUGCCGACAACCCUCCUCCCAUCUCCAAAAAAGCCAGGGAGAGUCUUCUCAGCUUCGCAUGGCUCAUUCUCACCCUCCGAGCCAGCCUAGGGGUGUACGAGGGCGCAGAAUCAAAUCCGGGUGGCAACGGGGCGCUGAGGGAAGGGCUGCCGCAUGCGGGGGGGCUGUUGGCCGAGAUAGUGAAUGUGCUUGAUCUGAAGCAGCACUAUGGCCCGGCAGCAGCAGCGGUGGCAGCAGUUAAGAGUCGGUCCCCCAACCCUGCGUCUUUGAAGAGGAGGAAGGAGGAGGAGGGCAAGCGAGCCCUGGACCAGAUGGAGCGACUGCAGAUCCUAGCAGACAGGUUCGGCCUAGUCUGCGGGGUUGGCAUGGAAGGGCUGCAGAACGUCCUGCAGGAGAUGUCCCUUCUUUCUGGGGAGAUGCACGAGUCUGGGGGCAAGGAGGCUCAGCUGUCAGCCAAUGCUGUUCGCCUGAUGACCAUUCACCGGGCCAAGGGGCUCGAGUUCCCUGUGGUCUUCCUGACAGGCCUAGAGAACCGCGUACUGCCACUGGUGGACGAGAAUUACAGCCGGGGAAGGAGUGAGGAGAGGCCCGGGUGGGAGCAGGUCACUCUAGGGAGAGGGAGCAGGCACCACCACCACCAUCAUCAUGGACAACAGCAGGGGCGGCAGGGGCAGCAGCAGGGGCAGCAGCAGGGGCAGCAGGGGCAGCAGCACGGGCAGCAGUGGCGGAAUUCGGGGGGUAAUGGGCGGAUGCAAACUGGGUAUGCUGGGGGAGUUCAGUCAGGGUUUGGGGGUGGGGAAUUUGGACGGAAGGAGGAGAAGGUUGUUUGGGCUGACGAGGAGGAGAGGCGGGUCUGUUACGUGGCGAUGACCCGGGCUCAAGAUAGGCUGUACUUGAGUGGUGCGCAGCACCGCACAUUCUACGUCAGGAAUAUGAAGUCAUUGGAACCAUCCAUCUUCCUCGAUGAUCUAAAAGAUCUUGCCCCGUUUCCUACAGGGAUGUAAGCCAUUUCUUGUCUUGAAAAUAUGCGAAUAGAAGCAUUGGCAUAGCUUAUUCCACCCUGUAGCAUUAUUUCAUAUUGUGAUCAUAGCCUCCCUUAUGAAAUAAUCCAUAUUGCUGAAAAGAAAGUUACGGUACUCGC